AAAAAAGCUCCAAUUUCUAUUUUCUCUAGUGGGAUCCGAUUACAACAAAGCAACCCAAUUGUCUUUAGAUGAGCUGAGUUGUAGUGGUGGCAGCCAUCUUUGUGCAGAUCUCUGAUCUAACCUAGACUAUCAGAAGCACACCUGGCACAAACCCGACAACGCCGUCUCAUUUUAUCUUUCACUUUCAUUUAGUCUGUGUUGUUUUAUUAAUAAAAACCCAAACCCCCAUAUGUGUUAUUGUUGUUGAAGUUAGUUAAAAACACUAUUCCCAUGUUGUCUUCGCCCCUUUCAUUGGAAAUAUCGAAACUCUCUUAAUACUCUUUCAUUUUUUUUUUUUUAAAUUUUCAUUUAUUUUAUUUUUUUCUUUGUUCUCAUCGCCACAUUUCUCAAUCUCCUCCUCUACAUAUCUCCAACUCCAACCCCUUCACAACUACACAAACCAAAGUAUAAAGUAGAGACAUUUUCUGUGUUUGUGUUUUUCUGGAUCUGUUUUCAUUCCUUUUUGGGUCCUAAAAAACACACACUUUAUUCAAUGGCUUCCAUCUCUGUUCCUUGUCCUAAGAUCUCUGUUGCUGGUGCCACUGGAUCACAACAACAAAGCCAAAAGCAAUUGAAAGUUGUUUCAUUUCACAAUGCUUCCAAGUCCAACCCUUCAUUGUCAUUUGCUUCUUCUGCUUUUUCUGGGCUUCAGGUAAUGCAGGAGUUUGAUUUGUCUUUCUCGAGCUCUAGCAGGAAGCAGUCUGCUCUCUGGACAGCACAUGCCAAGCUUAAUGAGGUUAUUGCCGAGAAGCCUUCAAACUGUGCUCCAGUAAAUGACAAGCCCAAGUCUGAAGUUCCAUCAUCGGAAGGAAAAGUCGAAUCUGCGGAAAAAAAAAUUCCUGAUGCAUCAGCAAUUGCAGCAUUCAUUACUCAAGUAUCAGACCUCGUCAAGCUUGUGGAUUCAAGAGAUAUUAUGGAGCUUCAAAUGAAGCAAUCCGACUGUGAGCUGAUAAUCAGGAAAAAAGAAGCUUUGCAGCAACCAGCACCUGUUGUCUCAAUGCCACCUGCUAUGCCCCAUUUAAUGUAUGCGCAGCCUCCACCUGCAGCCCCUGCUUCCCCUCCUGCUGCUGCUGCAAGCCCUGCUGCUUCUGCACCAGCACCUGCUUUACCUGCACCACCAAAGCCAGCCCAAUCAUCUCACCCACCACUGAAAUGCCCCAUGGCUGGUACCUUUUAUCGAAGCCCGGCACCUGGUGAACCACCAUUUAUUAAGGUUGGAGAUAAGGUGCAGAAAGGUCAAGUCAUUUGCAUCAUUGAGGCCAUGAAAUUGAUGAAUGAAAUUGAGGCUGAUCAAUCUGGGACUGUAGCUGAGGUAUUAGCAGACGAUGGAAAACCAGUCAGCGUAGACACGCCUCUUUUUGUUAUUGUACCCUGAAACAAUUGGCAAGUGCCUUCAUCGAACAUGGUGGGAUAACAAACUGUAUCCCGAGGUUUAAUCAUAAUAGGGUUCUCAAAUAUCUCUAGUCUUGCUGCAAAAUCACUCUGUAAUCUUUAAUUUAAUCAACUUUUGUUGAAUUUGGUGGGAGUAAAGGUCGUUAUAAUUUUAUUAUAAAUGUUUGAUGUUUAAGAAGUAAACAUAAAUUUAAAAUGUAGAAGAUUUGAGUUGUUAUGGACAUUGUUGAUGCUAGUUUAAGUCCGUUUCUUUUCUCUUUUAUUUUGUUGGGUAGCGAAAGCUUCAUUGCCGCCUUAUAUCUAUGUUAUGUAAAACA